AUGGAAGAGCGUUGCUUAAGAGACGCAACCUCUCUGACUGUGAGUCCCAGCAGCUCUCAGAUGUUUAUACGACAGUCUGUCUCUCUGAGCUGUGAGGAGGACGACAGCUCUGCUGGAUGGAAGCUGAGGAGGAACACAACCAGAGAAACCAGGAAGGAGUGUGGAGACUGGGGAAGACCAGCUGGUUCCUCCUGUGAAAUCAGCUACACCCUCCCACUGGACAGUGGAGUUUACUGGUGUGAGUCCAGAGAGGGAGCAACCAGUAACAGCAUCAACAUCACUGUCACUGGUGGACCAGUGAUCCUACAGAGUCCUGUCCUCCCUGUGAUGGAGGGAGAUGAUGUCACCCUGCACUGUAAAACAAAGACCUCCAACCUCCCAGCUGGUUUCUAUAAAGAUGGCUCCCUCAUCAGGACUGAGCCUGCAGGUCACAUGACCAUCCACCAUGUUUCCAAGUCUGAUGAAGGCCUUUACAAGUGUAACAGCAGUCAUGGAGAGUCUCCAUCCAGCUGGAUCUCUGUCACAGGUAAACCUACAACCAAAGCCCAGCCCCCUGUAUCUGAAGCCCCGCCCCCUGUCUCAGCUUCUCCCCAGUUUGUGUUCAGACUGGUCUGCCACCUAGUGGUGGUCUGUCCGUACUUCAUCUCUACUCUCCUCAUGGUGUCUUUAUAUCGACACAGACCUACAGUGUGA